CUGCAUAAAGAGUUUGUUUUUUAUAAACGUGUAUGCUGGCUGUAUAUUAUCAUUAUGUGAACUAAUGAAACUGUUGUGAACUCAUAACACACACUAGAGUACUAACAACAAACCAGUAAAUCACAUCGGGCGGGCGGACGAGCGCGCGCAUGGAGGAGACGCGCACGGACACGCGCAGCCGCCGCCGCCGGUCCGAGCGCUCCCCAUCCUCAUCAAUGCUGUUGGCUUUUCUGAACUCCUGUGUGUGUGUAUGUGAAUGAAUGGCGGUGUGUGUGUGUGAGGCGGAAUGGGACUGAAGAGAUGCAGAAUCCCGGCCGGAUCCAGCAUGACGCGCGCGCUCUGCGUCCUCCUGUGCGCCCUCAGCCUCGCCAGAAGUGGUGUGUGUGCAGACUCAGAGGAGCGUCUGAUGAACUGGCUGCUGGGUAAACAUCGCUACAAUAAACUGAUCCGGCCGGCGCUGAACCGCACCGAGAGAGUGACCGUCCUGCUGCAGGUGUCUCUGGCCCAGCUCAUCAGUGUGAAUGAAAGAGAGCAGAUCAUGACCACAAACGUCUGGCUCACUCAGAACUGGAACGAUUAUCGCCUGUCGUGGGACCCGGCGGAGUACGAGGGCAUCGACAAGCUGCGGAUUCCCUCCAGACACAUCUGGCUGCCUGAUAUAGUGCUGUACAACAAUGCUGACGGGACGUACGAGGUGACGGUGUUCACUAACGCCAUCGUGCUCUUCAACGGCAGCAUCGCGUGGCUCCCGCCGGCCAUCUACAAGAGCGCCUGUAAGAUCGAGGUCAAGCACUUUCCCUUCGACCAGCAGAACUGCACGCUCAAGUUCCGCUCCUGGACCUACGACCACACCGAGAUCGACCUGCUGCUGAAGUCGGACGCCGCCAGCAUGGACGACUUCACGCCCAGCGGCGAGUGGGACAUCCUGGCGCUGCCAGGCCGUCGAACGGUCAGCCCGCUGGACGCCACGUACGUAGACCUGACCUACGACUUCAUCAUCAAGAGGAAGCCGCUGUUUUACACCAUCAACCUGAUCAUCCCGUGUGUGCUCAUCACCUCGCUGGCCAUCCUGGUGUUCUACCUGCCGUCCGACUGCGGAGAGAAGAUGACUCUGUGUAUCUCCGUCCUACUAGCGCUCACCGUUUUCCUCUUGCUGAUCUCCAAAAUCGUGCCGCCCACUUCCCUGGACGUUCCUUUAAUCGGGAAGUACCUGAUGUUCACGAUGGUUCUGGUGACCUUCUCGAUUAUCACUAGUGUGUGUGUGUUAAACGUGCACCAUCGUUCUCCCAGUACCCACAGCAUGCCGGCGUGGGUGAAGAUCGUGUUUUUGGUGCGACUGCCGGCGCUGCUGUUUAUGCAGAGACCGAGAGGACAUUCGGCACGCCAGCGUCUGCGCCAGAACCGCCGUCUGCUUGGAUUGGCUGAUACUCCUGGCAGAUCCGUCAUGUGCUCGUCUGCGUCUGCGCUGCUGGCUGCGUCUUCGGCGUCCGCUCUUUCCUCUCCGGGACUCUUGUAUAAUAAAGGGCAUUUCGGCUCUCGGAGAGCUGAAGGUCUGAAUAAUGGACACGGCUCCGCACAGGACCUGAAGGGGAACAGGCUGUAUUGUGAAUGGGGAUCUGAGAUUCAGGAGGCUGUGGACGGAGUUCGAUAUGUUGCUGAUCACAUGAUGGGGAAUGACGACGAUCAAAGCGUCAUCGAGGACUGGAAGUACGUGGCGAUGGUGGUGGACCGGCUGUUCCUCUGGAUCUUUGUGAUCGUGUGUGUGGUGGGAACGCUGGGUCUUUUCCUGCAGCCGCUCUUCCAGAACCAGACCCUCGCCAUCCAGCAGCCCAACACUGAGCCCGCCAGACGGGACGGCAUGUGACGAGCACACGGACUCAAAUACAUUCGUCUUUAAUUCUACUGCUCUGUUUAUGAUGUAGAUCGUGUCUGAGCUUCACUGCAGAAAUGCUUCUUACUUUUUUGUCUGGUUUCUAGUACAAAUUCUUAAAUCUAGAAGCAUUUCCUAGACAACCAAAAGAUAUUAGUGCAUUAAAAUAUGAUAACAUCGUGUAUUAGUUAGAGUCAAAUAUAAUGAGUUUUUCCCUAAAACAAGUUAAAUCAAUUCAUCUGAAAAAAAUAAUUUGACUAAAGGAAUAUGAACAGCAGUUUAUAAAACACUCAUGUUUAUGACAAUAGUUAAAAAUAAACAAUAAGAUAAUAAGAAAAUACCAGAUUGCAACAUUAAGCUCCCUAACAAGCUUUCUGUGAGCCACCAGUCAGAAACAACAACAACAAUAUAAAAUAGAUCACCUCCAACAACUCUGGUGCCCGGUUCAGCCACUGUUAAGUACAUAUACUUUUCUUUCUGUCUCGUGCAUGAAUAUUACUGCACUGUUUAUGUGCACAUUCACAUCAAAACCAAGGCUUAGUGUUUUCCUUUGCACUGUACAGGGAAAUGACCACACACACUGUAUAUUUAGUCUCUGCAUAUUGAGCUGUGAUAAGAGAAAUUCAGUGUAAACAGAAACCACACAUUUGUAUUCGUCUUUACACUGGGGGAAUAUGGUAUUAUAUUCACCUUUUCAUUUGUUUUUUGAAACAGUUUCCACUGAGGAACUUGUACAUAUGAUUUUUUGUUGUAGCUAAAACUGAAAGGCCUUUAUUAUUUUUACAGUGGGCUUCAUAAAAGGUUUGAGUCACUAUGUGGUACUUAAUCAGAUUUGCAUCUAUUCAUGUGUAUUUUGAAAGUCUGAACUCAACUAUUUCUGUUUGUUUUCAUAUUUUCCUUAUGCUUGCCUUUGUUAUCAUGUACAUGCAUUCAGUUCAGUGUCAUCUGUACAACAUAGUUCACCAGUUUAUGGAUGAUUUCCUCGUGUUGUUUGUCCUCUUUCUCUCCUAAAAGCACAUUUACAGCUCAAUUAAACUGGACUCGUGAAUAAAAAGCAAUAUGACUA